GGCAUUGACUGCCACCGGUGCCACCUUGUAAUAAAAUUAGUGGAUGAUGCUCCUGCAUACAGAUGAGAAUUUGGUUAUCUCAACACCGCGUGUCUGGUUUUGCUCAACUGAAAUGCACCUGUUUACGAGUUCGUAUGUGAAAUCCGCAAGGAAUUCUCACAGAUCCCCAUCGAAUCGACGAAAGAGUUUAAGAAACUACGAGAAGCGCAAAGGAAACUGCGCUCAGACAGAGGAAAGGCUCAUUCCGCGCUCCGAUGGACUCUCUCAGAUCACCCUAUCAGGUGCAAAACCACUGACAGGUUUCCACCCACCACCAACCCAAAACCCCUCAGUGCGCUCCAGCCCUCCUCGGCACACAUACAGACAGUCCCGUACCAUCACCCAGCGCUCUUCCAGGAUUUGCCACGGCUCUGUGCGCCUUUUAUGUACAAACGACUCGGAUAACAGUGAAGCAACAACUAAAGGAGAGACUUCUAACCGUAACUCAUCUAUCCUGACUUGUUGGGAAAGUUUUCCCUCCAAACAAUGGACACGGGAAGCUUGGAAUGAUCCACGUAAGGUGUGCGCUUCCAGGUGACUUCGGCAGGUACGAACGGGAUUUAUCUUUUCAUCUCGCAUACUGGAUCAAGAGUAAGCACUAAAGGUCGCGGAUUGUUCACCGAGGAGGAGACACCCCGCUUCAGCCUGUCUUACCAAUUCAAUCUUUGCGCGCUUUGGCGAGAGAGCGCAGCGCGCGCGGACCGCGGAGAAGCGGGGACACCACGGGGAAGACACUGAUUUGCGUUUAUUCAGCUCUUUUUCAAACCAGAAACAGCCCCAUGCUGCUUCCAGUGGCACAUUUACACUUCCUUCAUCUCUCUUUGCCUUGGGAUUGCACCUCUCCUCCGGGAUUUUGUGUGUGAGACAGUGGCGGGGCUCCGCGCGGCACUUACUGGAGCGGCAAACGCUGGAAACAGGUGUAUUUGACCAAGAUGUCUGGUCUGCCGUCAAGGUUAAUCUACGUGUGUUUACAUUUUCUGGUCCUCUAUUUCCAGUUGCAGGAAUCUCACCAGAGUUCCGCCGACUUCCGGUUCUACAUCGAGAACCACACCAGAGACGACGUGAGUCGGAAGCAGGUGCGGAUAUAUCAGCUCUAUAGCCGAACCACUGGGAAACAUGUGCAGAUCCUGGGCAAGAAGAUCAACGCCAAUGGAGACGAUGGGGGCAAGUACGCUUUACUUGUUGUGGAAACGGAGACAUUCGGGAGUCAUAUUCGAAUAAAAGGGAAAGAGAGUGGAUACUACAUCUGCAUGAACAAGAACGGCAAAAUUAUUGGAAAGGUAUAA